CAUUACCGCGAGAGCGAUUCGAAAGCUUACGGAGCCGUCUGCUCGCCAUACUCCUCGCGGUACUUUUUGAUGUCAAACUCCCACCAGUCUGCGUAGCGCCACUUCAAGUCGAACACACCUAUUGGAACGAGUAGUAUAUAGUAAAUAGGGUCCUGAAACUGAGCCUCCGAAUGUAGUAAUGAUUGGAACGUGUGACGUGCGUAUUCGCUCCACGUCACCUUCACGCUGGACGUUACUGACGUAAUCAAAACGAGACAAGAACGACUUUUGACAAUCUUUCAAAGGGAAUAUCAUGGCAAAAUCUCAUCAUGGGUAUUCAUCGACACCGAAAACACGACUUGCAUUCGAAGGAGUAUGAUCUUGCCACAGAGAGCUAGGUAGUGGAGAAGGCCGAGAAGCCUGCUGCAUUGGGAAAUUGACUCCACAUCAUGUACCUCUGGCUGCCAUUAUGAGGUUCCCAAAGCUAGCUUUCAUCUUUAUGUUUGUGGGCUGCCUGGUGGUCUACCUCACCUACGUCAAACGUCAUUAUGAUGACUCCAAACCACCAGUAUCUGACCAGCUGCCCCAGCAUAAGAUGGAUACCCAUAAACAGUCGACCUCAGCUCAGGUGGUCAGUGAAAAUUUCCAGUAUGGUAUUAUGCUUGAUGCUGGGAGCACUGGAACCCGGAUUCACAUUUUCAAAUUUCAGAUCGAGCCAAAUGAAGCUCCUAAAUUAGCCCAUGAGACUUUUAGAGCUAUACAACCUGGACUGUCUGCAUAUGCUGAUGACCCAGAAAAGAGUAAGGAGGGACUUUUGGAACUGUUAAAAGUUGCUAAAGACACUGUUCCUGACAGAUUAUGGAGUUCUUCCCCUCUCAUGCUCAGAGCCACGGCAGGGCUCAGACUGCUGCCUGGUGAGAAGGCCACAAUUCUGCUGGACAAGGUGAGGGAGGUGUUUAGCGAAUCCUUGUUCCUGUAUAGACCAGACAGUGUGUCAAUCAUGGAUGGCACAGAUGAAGGCAUGUCGGCUUGGAUUACCAUCAACUUUUUAUUAGGUGGUCUUCAUGGUUCUGAGACUCCUACAGUAGGCAUGCUGGAUUUAGGAGGGGGCUCGACCCAGAUCACACUUGCUCUACAGGAUGAAAAAACCAUCCAGACCUUACCCAUUGAUUAUGUGACAUCGUUUCAGAUGUUCAACAUCAGUCACGCUCUCUACUCACACAGUUACCUUGGCCUGGGGUUGAUGUCAACCAGACUUGCUGUGUUGGGAGGGUUUGAAGGACAGCCUUUAGCAGGACCCCAAGAGCUGGUUAGUCCAUGUCUCGCCCCAGAUUACUCUGGACAGUGGGAGCAUGCUGAAGUACUCUACACUCUUAAAGGGCAGAAAGCAGGGGAGCCCAUCUAUGAGACUUGCCUUACAAAAGUGGAAAAGAUGAUCUACAAACGUGUGAGAAAAAUCGAGGGAGUGAAAGACAUGGACUUCUACGCAUUCUCCUACUACUACGACAGGGCUGUGGAUCUGGGCCUCAUUGAUGAAAGCACAGGGGGGACUGUCAGAGUCAGUGAUUACAUUGAAGGUGCCAAGAAAGUGUGCAAUAACAUGUCAGCCGGAGGGAUAAAGGAGUCUCCGUUCCUGUGUUUGGAUCUGACUUACAUCUCAGUACUUCUUCAGGAGCUUGACUUCCCGCCUGACAAAGAGCUGAAGCUGGCAAGACAAAUAAAUAACGUGGAGACUAGCUGGGCCCUCGGUGCCACUUUCUAUUGCAUAGAGUCACUCCAUAAACAUGGAACGUGCUGAAAACAUAAGACACUCGCAACAUUUGAACCGCUCCACAACCCAGUAAAGCACUAACUGAUUUUAAUGCUCUGGGGAAAAAUAUCAACAUUGAUUGUAUUUGCCAUUUUGUCAUUGAAUUUAUUCCAAAUGUGAGUUUUUAUACAUACCUCUGACUUUCUGAAUGUUUCUGUUUUCUUACUAGUAUGUUAAGCUAUGUGUGAAGGUUAAAUGUAUGUACUGGUUUGGAUGUUUACAGAAUAUCAGAAUCAUAUUAGUCAGGGUUAAUUAUAUAAAACUGAUCAAAAACACGUGCUUGCCUCAAGCUUGUAACAAGAAGUUACUUCAUUUUUAUUUUAGAUUGAAUUACUUCGUAGCUUGUAUAUUGAUUUAAUAUAUUACAUACAGUAUGUUUAAACAAAUCAUGUACUUAGUAUUAAAUAUUAUAUGCUCUCAGAGGGAAGAAAAACAGAAUGUUUAUAUAAAAUGCCAUAUAAAUACAAUCUGAGAAUGUUUAAAAUGUUGCUCUGUGUGAAGUAUUGAGAAAGUGCAAUUGCACAUAUAGUUCACAAGAAGUUCAUGAAGUGAGACAGCAGGAUGUGGUCUGUCUUGUGUUUGCUCCCAUCACUUCUUUCACCUGUUCAGACAUGCUGCUGUUCUUUCUUGGUACCAGCAGGUGUCACAACACUAAAGCCUGCACACUGGCAGCCCAAAUGUUACAAUAUAUUACUCAGUGUUACUCACAGGAUGUCGAUUAAGGUUUU